GGUGGCCAAGCUGGAAAAGCACCUGAUGCUUCUCCGCCAGGAGUAUGUAAAGCUGCAGCAGAAACUAGUUGAUACAGAAAGAAGAUGCAAUUUACUGGCUGCCGAGGCUAACAAAGAGAACGCCAGUGACACCUUCAUCAGCCGACUUCUUGCCAUUGUAGCUGAACUCUAUCAGCAGGAGCAGUACAGUGAUCUGAAGAUAAAGGUUAGGAACGAGCACAUCCACGCUCACAAAUUUGUCUUGGCGGCGCGCAGUGAUGCUUGGAGUCUUGCCAACCUUGCUUCCACAGAGGAGCUGGACCUGUCAGAUGCUGACCCAGAGGUAACCAUGGCAAUGCUGCGGUGGAUCUACACAGAUGAACUUGAGCUACGAGAAGAUGAUAUCUUCUUGACAGAGCUGAUGAAACUAGCCAAUAAAUUUCAGCUCCAGCUGCUUAGGGAAAGAUGUGAGAAAGGAGUUAUGUCACUAGUUAAUGUCAGGAACUGCAUCCGUUUCUAUCAGACUGCUGCGGAGCUGAAUGCCAGCACGCUUCUCAACUACUGUGCGGAGAUAAUUGCGAGUCACUGGGAUGACUUACGUAAAGAAGACUUCAGCAGCAUGAGUGCUCAGUUACUGUAUAAAAUGUUCAAGUCAAAGACAGAAUAUCCCUUGCAUAAGGCUAUUAAAGUUGAGAGAGAAGAUGUGGUCUUUUUAUACCUUAUUGAGAUGGACUCACAGCUUCCUGGGAAGCUCAAUGAAUUGGAUCACAAUGGAGAUCUUGCUUUGGAUCUAGCCCUCGCCCAACGAUUGGAGGGUAUUGCCACUACCCUGGUCAACUACAAGGCUGACGUAGAUAGGGCAGACAAGAGAGGCUGGAGUCUGUUACAUAAAGCCAUCCAAAGAGGAGAUAAAUUUGCUGCCAACUUUCUCAUUAAAAACGGUGCCCGUGUGAACGCUGCUACACUGGGAGACCAAGAGACUCCUCUGCACCUCGUGGCAUCGUACAGCCCCAAGAAGCAUUUGCCAGAUGUCAUGGCAGAGAUGGCGCAGAUCGCGGCGUCCCUCUUGCAGGCAGGAGCCAAUCCAAAUAUGCAAGACAGCAAAGGAAGGACCCCGUUACAUGUAUCAGUUGUGGUCAGGAAUGAACCUGUAUUCAGUCAGCUUCUCCAGUGCAAACAACUAGACUUGGAGCUGAAGGAUCAUGAAGGAAGCACAGCUCUGUGGCUCGCGGUUCAGUAUAUCACUGUGUCGUCUGAUCAGUCUGUAAAUCCUUUUGAGGAUGCCCCCGUUGUAAAUGGAACCUCCUUUGACGAGAACAGUUUUGCAGCAAGGUUGAUCCAACGAGGCAGCAAUACAGAUGCUCCAGACACAGUAACAGGAAACUGCUUGCUUCAGAGGGCAGCUGGUGCAGGAAAUGAGGCAGCCUCUCUCUUCCUAGCGACUCAUGGAGCAAAAGUCAACCACCAAAACAAAUGGGGAGAAACACCACUGCAUACAGCCUGCAGGCACGGCCUGGCCAACCUGACGGCAGAACUUCUGCAGCAAGGAGCCAACCCAAACAUCCAGACGGCAGAAGCAGGGUUCGGUCAGAAAGAUGCGUCUUCUCCAACGGCAGAGAAUGUUUAUCUGCAGACUCCUCUUCACUUGGCUAUUGCUUACAAUCACCCAGAUGUGGUGUCAGUCAUCCUGGAACAAAAAGCUAAUGCUCUUCAUGCUACCAACAACUUGCAAAUUAUUCCUGACUUCAGUUUGAAGGACUCAAGAGACCAGACUGUGCUGGGAUUGGCUCUCUGGACAGGCAUGCACACAAUAGCAGCUCAGCUGCUUGGAUCUGGGGCGUCCAUCAACGACACGAUGUCGGACGGACAGACUCUGCUACAUAUGGCCAUACAGAGACAGGACAGCAAGAGUGCCCUCUUCCUGCUGGAGCAUCAGGCAGAUAUCAACGUGAGCAGAACCCAGGACGGAGAGACUGCCUUACAGCUGGCUAUAAAAAACCAGCUCCCUCUUGUGGUGGAUGCGAUUUGUACCAGGGGAGCGGACAUGUCUGUGCCAGACGAAAAAGGAAACCCUCCUUUAUGGCUUGCCUUAGAAAAUAACCUGGAAGAUAUUGCGUCAACUCUGGUUAGGCAUGGCUGCGAUUCAACCUGUUGGGGGUCAGGACCAAGUGGCUGCUUACAAACUCUUCUUCAUAGAGCUAUUGAUGAAAACAACGAACAAAUAGCGUGCUUUCUUAUUCGCAGUGGUUGUGACGUGAAUAGUUCCAGAAAGCCAGGCCCGAAUGGAGAAGGAGAAGAGGAAGCUCACGAUGGACAGACACCCCUACACUUGGCAGCCUGCUGGGGUCUAGAAGAGGUGAUUCAGUGCCUUUUGGAGUUUGGUGCCAAUGUGAACGCUCAGGAUGCAGAAGGAAGAACUCCAAUCCACGUUGCCAUUAGCAACCAACAUAAUGUUAUCAUUCAGCUUAUGAUUUCACAUCCAGAUAUUAAGCUAAAUGUACGUGACAGGCAAGGAAUGACUCCUUUUGCAUGUGCUAUGACAUAUAAAAAUAACAAAGCAGCUGAAGCAAUUUUGAAGAGGGAACCAGGAGCUGCUGAACAGGUGGAUAAUAAAGGUCGGAAUUUCCUACAUGUCGCUGUCCAGAACUCGGACAUUGAGAGUGUGCUGUUCCUGAUAAGCGUACAGGCUAACGUCAACUCUCGGGCCCAGGAUGCCUCCAAGCUCACCCCUCUCCACCUGGCUGUACAAGCUGGCUCAGAGAUCAUUGUGCGUAAUCUGCUGCUUGCAGGUGCCCAGGUGAAUGAACUGACGAAGCAUCGUCAGACUGCUCUUCACUUAGCAGCCCAGCAAGAUUUGCCCACCAUUUGUUCAGUCCUUCUGGAGAAUGGAGUAGACUUUGCAGCUGUAGAUGAAAAUGGAAAUAAUGCUCUUCAUCUGGCAGUGAUGCACGGCCGCCUCAACAAUAUCCGGGUCCUUCUCACAGAGUGCAAUGUGGAUGCAGAAGCCUUUAAUAUUAGAGGCCAGUCACCAAUGCAUGUUUUGGGACAGUACGGGAAGGAUAAUGCAGCAGCCAUCUGCGACCUCUUCUUGGAGUGUAUGCCAGAAUACCCUCUAGACAAACCUGACGCUGAAGGAAACACAGUGCUCCUUUUGGCGUACAUGAAGGGAAAUGCUAACUUGUGUCGUGCAAUAGUGAGAGCUGGGGCUCGUCUUGGAGUUAACAAUAAUCAAGGAGUCAAUAUCUUCAACUACCAAGUUGCUACGAAACAGCUUCUCUUUAGACUGCUGGAUAUGCUGACAAAAGAACCUCCCUGGUGUGAUGGCUCCAACUGCUAUGAGUGCACUGCCAAAUUUGGAGUCACGACACGGAAGCAUCACUGCCGACACUGUGGACGCCUGCUCUGCCAUAAGUGCUCAACAAAGGAGAUUCCUAUCAUAAAAUUUGACCUGAACAAGCCAGUCCGAGUUUGCAACAUCUGCUUUGAUGUCCUGACUCUGGGAGGAGUCUCCUAGUAUGCUGCCGAAGUAAAGGGAUUCCCCGUCGGCGCUCC